AUGGGGGAAGAUCAAGACCUUCCUAUUGCCUUACGGCGUACGCCUCGGGUCAGCGCCGGGGCGGCAGGAUUAUCGGGUGCAUCACGGUUAUCAGCAACCAAUACCACUUCAGAAAUAAAUGCAAGAACCCCUAAGCGACGGAGCAAGAAGAGGGUCCGUUUUUCCGACCCUGGCCCAAAUAUCGAGCAUGAUGAUGCAUCAUCAUCAACAGGACUUACACCAAUGGUUCGGCGAGCGUCCCUUGGUGUUGUUCCUUCACCUAAACGUAGACGUCGUUCCAUCCCAACCCCUCGGUCAUAUCCUGACGGAGUAGAUGAUUUAUCUGGGAAUAAUGGCAGCAAUGAAAUACGUUUCUUCUCAUUGCGUCAAGUCCUCGAUGACCGCGUCAAGCGACGCAUUCGUCGAAAUGGACUAAGUGAAGAAAUGAACACCAUCACCCAAGAGAAGCGGCAACGCGUUCAGAAGCAAAAGGUCGAACUGCAACGUCUUCAGGACCAGCUGGCGGAGAAGGACCAGGAAAUCGACAGGCUGCAGAAUACUACGAUGGUCCAGGACACCGAUCGAAUCCUAGAAUUGGAGCAAGAAAUUCAAGCGCUUAGGAAUGAAUUAAGUAGCAGGACGUCGUCGAAUGCCGACCAAACACGGAACUACGAUUGGACACUGGCCGCUCGCGAUCCGUUUUCAGAUAGCUACAUGGACGAUGACGAGGCCUUUGGGGAUGCUACGAUGGCGGACUUGAUAUGCAGCACCCCGUCGAAGACUCGCGCAUCAGCAUCGUUCCCUACGCCACCAUGCACAAGCCCGACAGUACCUGCUACUCCUUGUUCUUUGCGGAGAAGCACACCGGUAACGCCACAAUCUCAUAUCGGAGUACAAGCAGCACUCCCCGAUCUUGAAAAGGAGGCCUUGGAAGCCGAGUUAGGAUCUUUACGUCUCGAAUUAACUAAGUUGACCGAAGUCCUUGAGAGCCACGAGGCCCUCAAGGCACGUAUUGCGGAUAAGCUCAACACGGCCAACCCCCCUGCGGAGUCAUCAAAGGAUGUAGAGGCGCAUCUAGAUACCGUGUUACAGUCCCUCUCUGACCGGACAACGGCACUCCUAGAUCUCAACUCAUCUCUCACUUCCCUAGGAUUUUCUGGCAAUGACGCGAGCGAGAUCGUGACAUCCCUAACCGGGGCGUUUCGCUCGGCACGUUUAGAACUCGAGUACCUCACACCAGGAGAGAUCACUCUUCCCUUAUCCUCGCGUGGAGCUGAGGUCCUAGACUUAGUACUCAUUCGACUGCGUGAUCUCGCGCGCCAAGUCCGUGAGGACGAGGAUGCUAUCGACGAAUACCAUGAAUUGGAGUUAUCAUUGCGACAGCAACUCAAUGCACGUGUUGAUGCGAUGGAUAGUAUGCGCGAGCGUAACCGGACCGAGCUCGCCGGCAAAGACGAGCGUAUCGCAGAUUUAGAGAUCGGCCUAGAGCGUCUCAAGGGCGCUGCUGACGACUACCGCCGCGACGUAGGGGAACUAGAGAGCUUAGUGCAGAGUAUGGAAGAGGAGAGCAAAGUCACCGAGAAGCGGCUCACAGCUGAGGUCGCAGGCGCACAGGCCGAGCUAGUUGAUAGCAAGACCACUGUUGCCAAACUAGAGGCUAAGCUCGCGUCGGUGCGUGAGCAAGCCGAGAACUUCCGUCUGCAGCUCGCUGAGUUGCAAAGACGCAAGGCGGCCGAAGUUAAGGCCCUUAACAAGUACCACGGGAUGGCUCUGGCAGCACGGGACGCACAGGUGACGGAUCUACGACAUGCUAUUGACGAAGUGAAUAGUAGCCUGCAUGAGGCGCACACCACAAUUAAGGAGUUACGCAUAGAGAACAUGGGGUUGAACCAGUGUCUAGAUGAGGAGAGGAACCGUGCCGUGCAGGCGGUCGACACAAUGAAGGCUGAGCUUGAGCGCGUGUUCAGGAUGGGCUCGGAGUUCUUGGCUACACCGUCAAGGUCAAGCACUAGUUGUUCGAUGAGAAGCUGGCGCUCCUCGACCAAAUCUAAUACUGAAAGGGUAGCUGGAGAGGACGAUACGACGACUCCAGACGGUAGUCCUCUAAGGUCAGGCGCUCACCUCGCAGGUGGGCUAGCGAAGUCGAUCAGGGGGGUGAAGAGGCGGAAGCAUGAUAGUGGGUUAGGUCUCGUGGACGAGGAUGAAGAUGGCCGGGUAGAAUUGGCCUAG